GCAGCCGCGUCCCUGCCAUCUUCCCUUUGUGGCAGCCGCUCGCAGCUCAUUGUGCCCGGAGCCAAUUAGCGCCGCGAGGCCGGACCGCCCGAAGCGGCACCGGGGGCCCUGAGGCGCCCACCGAGGGCUGGGUCCCGGCGACAGCGCCGCCCCCGCCCUUCGCUCCCCGCCUCCCCUCGCUCUGAGGGCGGGCGGCGGGGCCGGGGCUGGCGGCGCGGGGGGCGCUUUGUGGCGGAGCUGCAGCUGAGGAGGGGCACGGGCAGCGCGUCCUGCGGCUGCGGCCGCCGGCGCCAUGCGGAGCCCCCCGCUCCUCCUCCUCCUCCUCCUCUUUCUCCUGCUGCUGCCGCCGCAGCCCCUGCUCUAGAGAUGUCGCGGCGGCGCGGGGCGCAUCCCCCGGGGCCCGGCUCCGCGCCGCCGCCCCGCGCCCCGCCGGCCCUCGGCGGCCCCCGGAGCCUGGCCGGGGCCGCGGUGCUGCUGCUGCUGCCGGCCGCGCUCAUCGCGCUCGCCCCGGGCGGCCGGGCCGAGCAGGGUAUCAGGCAACAGCGUAUCUACAUUGCUUCUUCAUCAGAAUCUUUUCCGAACUGGAGAUCUAUACUAUCACCAACACGGCCUUCCACAGAAACUAAGACUUCCUCAGUAGCUGAUAUUUCUAUGGGGCAGACUUUGGAGAACGCAAACUUGCUUCAGAUGAUAAAAACAACCCUGACGGGCACACGGACCAGAACUUUGGAUCAAAGUCACCUGUCACCCACCCUCUAUCAAGGCAGUGGGAAUAGCGCAUCCCAGGAGCCCGCUGAAGUUUCUGCCGAGUCGUCUCUGAGGUCGUCAUCUCAAGAUGCAGAUGAAACAGCUGGUGAAUCAGUGUUAUCUGGAGUGUCUUCUGGUGCACUACCUACAGUAGGAACUUCAGAAGCAAAACCACUAACAAGGAAAUCAUCUCCAGCUUCACCAGUGCCAGCUUCUUCCUUCUUUUCGCUCGGCACUGCGAACACACCUUUGCCAUCUGUGAUGGCUUUAAACACUCCGGUACUGACACUAACAAAAAACAACACUGCCACAAAAUUGACCUCAGUCCUGAGCUCGGUAGGAAUACAUGCCGAUCUUCCUUUUGCAACAGGAAACACAGCCGCAUCACCUGUGGACAUGACAGCUAUGUUUAUAACCCCUAAAAGUAGCACUGCCAUGGCUUCCACGCUCGCACCCACAGCACACAUACCACGACAGAUAAAAACAACAGCCACUGACAGCCAGAAAUUCCUAAGCUCAGAAAUCACCAAAACGUCAACCCCGUAUCCACUGACAAUUACAGCAGCUUUGACAUCUAUUACAGCAUCAGCGAAAACCACUAGGCUUCCCCCUACUCGAACGGAAAACACUUCUGCUCCUCCAGAAACAACAGCAGCAGUGGCUUUCGCUAACAUGACAGCAGCUCCUCCCCUGGAUUGCCGCCUCUCCUGGAACCUUAUGGUUAAAACAGUUCUGUUUCUGAACACAAGGAGGAUGAUGAUCAGCAGGUCCUUCAAGGAGAGCGUGACGAAAGGGCUCAACCAAGCGCUGAGACAAGCUUUCAACCAAAAUGUCAGCGCUCAGGUUGAAAUCCUGGAGCAAUCGACUAAUGUCACGGUUGGUUACUAUGUUACGCGGGGGAGAGUGGUUUUUAUACCAGCUGCUGUAAUUGAAAGGCUCAUUGCCUACGGGAUCAGCAACGCCACAGCAGACGUGAAGCAGCACGUGCUGCAUCUUCAGUCCAUUGCAACCCUGGCCGCGCCAUGGAAGCCGCUCCCUGCCUACCACUUCCAGCUGAAGACAGAGCUGCAGUUUGUGGGUCAAACAGACAAUAUCCAGUCAUGCAAAUUUGUUCAGACAAUGGAGCAACGGUUACAGAGAGCAUUUCAGGAUGCUGAAAGAAAGGUUUGGAACACCAGCAACAACCUAACAGUUCAGAUUUUGAAUACCUCCAAUGUCUCCCAAGCUGUCACUCUGUUUUAUGUGGUGAGAAAUCAAAGCACAACUUUAAAUGGCACCACUUCCAGCAACCUUCUUAAUCAGCUGUCAGCUGAGCUAGUGGGUUUCUAUCUAACCUACCCACCUCUCACCAUUGCAGAAUCUUUGGAGUAUCCAAACCUUGAUGUCUCAGAGUCAACUAGAGACUACUGGGUGAUCACAGUUAUACAAGGGGUUGAUAUUGCGUUGCUGGGACUGAACAACCAGAGCUUUGCAAGGCUGAUGGAGCAGCGCUUGGCCCCGCUGUUCAUGAUGUCCCAUCAGCAAGGAAGACGAUUUAAACGUGCCACCACUGUGGGCAGCUACACUGUACAGAUGGUUAAAAUCCAACGAAUUCCAGGACCCAAGGAGCCAGCGGAACUGACGUACUAUACUUUAUACAAUGGCAAACCUUUGCUGGGCACUGCAGCUGCCAAAAUCCUGAGUACUGUUGACUCCCAGCGAAUGGCCUUGACGUUAGGUUAUGUGAUUCAAGUUCAAGCUGAUCCCGUGGUGAAGAACCCACCAAACAACCUGUGGAUCAUUGCAGCAGUGCUGGCUCCCAUUGCUGUGGUUACGGUUAUCAUCAUUAUUAUUACGGCAGUUCUGUGCAGGAAAAACAAGAAUGACUUCAAACCGGACACCAUGAUGAACCUGCCUCAAAGAGCUAAACCAGUGCAAGGCUUCGACUACGCCAAACAACACUUAGGGCAGCAGGGAGCUGAAGAUGAAGUUUUGCCUGUAACUCAGGAGACCGUCGUACUUCCACUCGCAGUGAGAGAUGCUCCUGCCUCCCAGGAGAGAGAAAUUACUCAGGAUGGGAGCACCAUUAAAACUGCCCAAUCCAACGAAACAAGGAAAAGCCAGUCCCCGAGUCAGAACGGCUCCAUCAUCAGCAACGAGUCGGGAAAGCCCAGCUCCAGCCGGAGCUCCCCGCAGAAAGUAAUGGCACCACAAAAAGUGACAAAGGACGAAGGAAGGAAAAGAAACGGUUUUAAAUCUUCAAAGAAAAUUGUGCCAAUCAGCGAUGAAGAGGAAGGAGGCAUUCUCUUUGAUAACAUUGCCAAAUCUGCCAUCGACCCCUUUGACACCUCUUCUGGCUCAGUACAGCUGAUAGCUAUCAAACCCGUGGCACUACCUCCUGUUCACGCCGCCUCAGACAGGAGCCAGGAAUCUGCCAUCAUUAACGGAGAGGUGAACAAGGCUUUGAAGCAGAAGUCCGAUAUAGAGCAUUACCGCAACAAGCUGCGCUUGAAAGCCAAGAGGAAGGGGUACUAUGAUUUCCCGCAGGUUGAUCACAACAAGGGGCUGACAGACAGAAAAAGGAUGUAUGAAAAAAAGCAGAAAGAAAUCGACCACAUUUUGGAUCCAGAUCCAGAUGUCUCAUCUCCGUUUGCUGAGCCUAAGAACAGGCAACCGAUGAAGAACUCUGUAUACAGAAGCAGGCAGUCUUUGAACAGUCCUAGCCCAGGAGAAACUGAGAUGGAUCUUCUAGUGACUCGAGAAAGACCUAGGCGAGGAAUCCGUAACAGUGGAUAUGAUACUGAGCCCGAAAUUAUAGAAGAAACAAAUGUUGACCGUGUCAAUGAGCCUCGGAGCUACACCAGGUCCCGUCAGGCCAAAGGCCAUUCAGAGACCUCAACUUUAAGUUCUCAGCCCUCCAUUGAUGAGGUUCGACAGCAGAUGCAUAUGCUCUUGGAAGAGGCUUUCAGCCUGGCCUCUGCGGGCCACGGAGGACAGAGCAGGCAGGAGGCCUACAGCUCAGCACCACACUUGCCCUACUCAGAGGUGGUGACCAGCGCUCCUGGUACCAUGACCCGACCUAGAGGGGGUGUGCAGUGGGUCCCCACAUACAGACCAGAAAUGUAUCAGUACAGUCUGCCAAGACCAGCUUACAGAUUUUCUCAGCUUCCUGAGAUGGUAAUGGGAUCUCCUCCUCCUCCUGUCCCUCCCAGAACCGGUCCUGUGGCUGUGGCCUCUCUCAGGAGGUCUACAUCAGAUAUUGGCAGCAAAGUGAGAAUACCUGAGUCCAGUGGGGUGGAUCCGGCCCAGCAUCAUGAUCAGGCAUCUUUUGCACCUGGUUCAAGAGCUCCAAUGUCUGUUGGCCCACUUGAUCAAUCAGCUUUUCACUCAGGAAAUACAGUACCAGCAGUGUUUGCCAUACCAGCAGCAAACCGACCUGGCUUCACAGGCUAUUUUAUCCCAACGCCACCCACCGCAUACAGGAAUCAAGCCUGGCUGCCCUAUGCUGGAGAGAAUGAACUACCGGGACAGUGGGCAGACUCAGUUCCACUGCCUGGCUACAUCGAAGCUUACCCAAGGCCCCGCUACCAACACAAUUCUCCUUCACGACUGCCUCGCCAAUACAGCCAGCAGGCGAGCAUGCAUCCCAGCCUGGAACAAGCUCCUUUGCCGUCUGCCACAGCUUCUCAGCAGAGCCUGACGGAAAACGACCUGUCCGAUGCCCCUCUCACCAACAUUUCUACAGCUGCCCUUGUAAAGGCAAUAAGAGAAGAGGUUGCUAAACUGGCAAAGAAGCAAACAGAUAUGUUUGAGUUCCAGGUCUAACAUCUUUUGUGCACAGUAGUUGUAUCAUAUAAUUUGAAGUAGCCAAGGAAGUGAUCCCUUUAAUUUUCACUCACAAACUUGCUGUGAAUUGUGCCAAAGUGAUGGCAUUUUUCUCCAUAUGAAAAGUCAACACUAUGAAAUCACUUACCGUAGAGCAACAAGACUCUGCAGAUAUGCAUUCUGCUUGCCAGCUAAGGAAAUGCUGCCAGGUAACUGUUCAAUUCAGAUACUAUAGACCAUAUGCAAUUGUUAGUCACUUAGCACUUGUACUAUGACCCAUUGUCACUAGAGAUGCUGCUGAACAUGUCUGUGACACAGUGUUUCAUUUGCAGGCCCAAAGGUAGAGCUGCUGAAAAUAACUCCUGCAUGUCAAAACUUUAUUUCUUUGGUUAAAGAAGAAAACACAGUAUUACACAGAAAGCUGGAGGCCAUGGUAGGUGUGGUGGUUGGUGGCCAUGUUAAUUGCUGCGGGACAUUGUACAAGGAACGUUGAUUUCAUCAACAUGGACUCGUUCAGUGUUUUCUUUCUAGAGGCUGUAUUUAAACCAAAAGAAUCUGCGAUGAGUGAUACACAUAAAUGUCCUGUAAAUACCCCCGAUUCUCCUCAUCCUAUUAACAGUACAAUGAAGUGAAAGAACAGAAGACUGAAAGAGGUUAAUGAUAUUUUGAUAAUUGGUCCAUGAAUGCCACUGAUGAGUUAUGGAGGAGAAUUUUCAGUGUGAGACAACACAAUGCAUGAAGAGCUAACAAAGGAAAUUGGUGCUAGAAGCUUCCAGGAGAAAUAAAUAAAAGAGGUUAUUUGUGUUUGCUCUAUAUUCAGGCUUUUCACUUUCUAUGGAUGUGAAGAUGGUAAACCUGAGACCUUUGAGCAAGUAUUCCCAACCUGGAAUAAUGAAUACGCCUGCUUGUACAAGACGACCUCUGUUUAACACAGUGCUUUUUUUCUCUUUCUUAAGCAACGAUAUCUACUGAAGUGCUACAUGAAGCCACAGUGGAUCUUGCAAUGGAACAGUGAAUACACACCUAGGAAGUUCUGAAUGUAGAGGACCUGAUUAUAUAUUAACAUGUAAAUAAGUAAACGGUUAAAUGGAUUAAUGAAAAUACUAAUGUGCUGUGAAAAAGAGAGCAUUUCCAGAAGUGAUGCUGACUUUGUGUUGUUCAAGAUAAAGGUCACAAAUUGUUAAGCUGCAUUAUUGUAUGAAUCCAAACCCAAAAGAGAAUCAAACCAGUUGAAUGGGACAAAAAGUUUGUCUUUUGCAGUUGUACAGAAUAGUUGGAGAUCAUGAACAAUUGUUUUCAGUUCCUUUGCCAAUUAGCUUUGGGAACUGAAGUUGUUGCAAAAUACAUUGUGUUGGGCAUGUUUGAUGUCAACUGGAGUUAAAGGUAAUGUACUUCAUUUCAGUAAGCUAUCCUCAAUUGCGUAUGCUAUUUUGUCUGUUCAUUUCCUUUUCUUGAGUUUCUUUGGUCUUUAUUGGGGUGAGAAAGGGAACUUGGUUUAGCUUUUUGGCCAUCAAUAAAAUGAGAGGAGGAAAGAGGAGACUAGAAGAGGGGAAAGAAGAAAUUGAUGAAGCACAAACUUUUAAAACAGAGCUAUUUUUUCCCCAAAAUAAUUAUAUCAUAAACCCUGAGAUUGUGAUAUGUAGUUAUCCUAGAAUACACAGAUAUCUUCUGCUCCGAGACCUUAGAUAUUGCAGAAGUUUUUGGAAUGCUAACUGAUCUUUAAACGAAUGUGAAGUUUCAUUUUUAUUAUUUAAAAAUCAGAUAUAAAUAAAAUGUAUUUUUGUAAUCUCGAUGUAUAUAUGUGCUGUAUAUUUAUAUAAGUGACUAAUCUGCUAUAGUCGAAAAAUUUCCAUAAAUCAAGUGAAAAGAAAAGAAAAAAAAAAGAAAAAAUAAUUUUAAUGAUCAAUAUUAACAUGCUGUGUCUGGAAUACACAAAUGGUGGCUUGGAUAUUAAACAACCAAAGAAACUCAAUCUUUCAUAUACAUAUAAGUCUACUAAAGGCAGACUGCUGUCUAACUUACCUGUCCGCUAACUAACACUGAUCUUAUCAGUGUAACACAAUACAUCCAAAUGUCUUUUUGCGUUAACAGCUGCCUAAAAAUGUUGCAUUUAAAACUCACAGCUUGAAAGAUACCAGGCCAAACUCAGCGUGCCAUAAAAAUAAGUUCUGUUUGGCCUCAGUGGGAACUCAACCCACUGAGAGCAAGGCUGAAUCUCUGUAUUGGUUUUCAUCCAUACAUGCAAGUUUCACUAGAAUCAUGCAAACAAUAUUGUGCUUAUUUUUCAGUUGGUGUAUUUAAAUCACUGUAAUGUAAGUGCAGACAUAAUUUAAGAGCAGCUUCAUUUUAUUUAGCCUAAGCUGUUUAAUAACUGGCUUAAGCUAACUUGGUAAGUUAAAUCUUCAUUUAGUCAGCUGCCUUUUGCAUCAGCUUUUUGAAUGAUUCUUGUCGUUAUUCCAGUGAAAUUUUGUAUGCAGAUAGGGCCUUCUAUGCAAUGGGAGUGAAAUGCCCUCUGAAAUAAAUUUCUGUAUUUUAGACACAAGUUUUGCAGGGUUAUCCUAAAGCUGCAAGUGCAGAAGCAGCAGCAGUCAUGCAGACAGGAGUGCUGAAGCAAUAUAUCUGGGAAAGGUCAUGUUACAACGUAGUCCCAAAAGAGUCACAGGAGGUAGAAUGUAUCAGAUUUAAACAGCAUCUUCGGGACGCUCAGCUCUGCUUGUAAAUCUCUUCCCAUUCUUAAACUUAAGAGAUUUAACUGUUCUGUCAAAAAAUGUGUGAGGGUGAAGCCAAGCAUGUAUCUUGCCAUACUGAAAAUUUAAAAAGUUUGAAAAUUACGUAUGUGGUAUAGGGUUGGGAUACCUGCAUGCAAGCAAAAUGAACAAAAUAGAAAAACAAAACAAACAAGAACAACAAAACAAACAAAAGAACCAUAUAAAUUGCCAUCUAGAAGGACAAACCGUUUCAGUAAAGUUAAACAAAGUACUCUUCAUACAACUGAGGAAGACCUGUUAGACUUCAAAACUCAAUUUUGUUUGAUAUUGUAUUGAUGAUGUGCAGUCUACUGAAUAUUCCCUGAAUCAUCACUCUGAAACCAUUGUGGUACACUUUUAUUCGCAAAGGUAUUUUACAUUCUUCAUUCAUAAUGGGUUUUUAUCUUGUUUGUAAUGUUUCUAUAUAUUUUUUUUUAAGUACAAAGUAAGAUUAUAUCUAGACAGUAAGGACAUUCCUGGGAAAGAAAAAUCCAUGCUGUAAUAUUUAUAUUGUCUGAGCACAAAGCAAUGAAAAAGUGAAAAUAUAGUGUACAAAUAAUUUGUAAAAUAAUAAACAUUUUGUAUGGCUACAAUUACAAUAUAGUUUUUCAAUAUUGAUUUUGAAGCAGAAAGUUUACCUGUUGAAAGUUAUGACAUCAUCAGAACGUGUUGGUGUCACUUACUCCAGUAACAACUUAGGGCUUUUCUAGUAAAUGCCCCAACUUUCUUUAAAUUGUUGCUAAUGUUAGGAUGGAAAAAACUCUUUUCUGUGUACAGAAAUGUUGAUUUUCUGACCGAUACUUGUCUUCAGAUUUGUAAAUCAUUAAUAGAAACAUGGACAAAUGAAACACAUGUAAAAUUACUUCUCGGUAGGUGUGUAAUGACCAUUCUCAGUAGGUAUACAUACUGUGUGUGAUGCUUUAUUAACAUUACUAAAAGAGUAACUUUAAGAGGAGAAGAGGGCAUUCUUUGACAGUCAUUUCUGGAGACAGAUAUAUCUGGAAUUGUGAGGAGCUGUAACGCUGUAGAAAUUCAAUUAUUUUUUUUAAUCUAAUAAUAUUCUAGAUAGAACUUGAUAGAAAUGCAUGUAAAUCCUAUAUAGAAAUGGGAAAAUUAUCAUAAGUAAUGAUCAUUUCUUUUUCAGACUAAAUUUUAAAUGGGGAGACAUGGAGAACAGAAAACGUAAGCUAAAACUAUGAAGCAGGUAGAGAGCAGCAUUGGAUUCUGUGGCAGAACUGAUGUGAGGCCUCUGUCUUGUUUAAGGGGUGAUAAAUAGAAAACUAACUGCAAUUUCGGGAAACAUGUCAAGAUGUCUGUAAAGAAUGAAUUAAACUUUAAUGUAUUUUUUUCAGUCCUGCAUUGUAAAUAUAAGAGCUAAAUGCCUGCUUCUGAAAGUCUGAGGAAACUUGAAAGCAAUGAUAGUUUUCUGAGCUAGCAUGAGAAGCUGCUUCGUUUUGCUGACCUCGCACUACCUGUCCACAUGUGAGCAGCUCCAAGCACAGUGUCUAAGGUUUCUGUAAAACAGUGAUGGUCUUGACCUUAUAUUUCUUGUACAUAAAAAAAUCUCGCAGUGGCUUCUCAUACCUUGUUGCCAUGCAAUUGGGUAGGAGGAGAACAAGUGUGAGAUAGUAUGAAGGACGUUAAGGGGUCAGAAGUACCCUAACAGUCUGGAAGCCAUGCAUCUUCUUGAUGCUUGCUACGUUAUACCUACUAGAAAAUGGUUGUUUAAAGCAGCUGUCCUUGGAAAGGUGCAUUGCUUUCACUGUUAAUGACGGAUAUGUAUUAAUUAAUACUCGGUCCAAAUACAAGAAUGUAUCAAUUAAUGCUUCCACUCCAUUGUGCAAGCCAUGUGCAUACUCUGUGUAGCUCCACAUGAGAACGUGGCAAAAUGAGCAUGAGAGCUUUCCAGGGUUACUUAAUCUCAAGUUGUAUGUCAUUUUAUAUGUAUUUUACCAUUUGAAAAAAAAAAUGUGCAGACACUAUGCUAGUAUAUUAAUACUAUUAGCCUUUUUUCUUUUUUUAUGGGCUUUCUGAAAAAGAGGAAAGUUUGGUCUACUAAGGUAGGAGUGCUUACUUGUCACUACUACCGCCUUCUCAGUCUGCUAUCAUAUCCGAUGGAUCAGAUCUUUCCCCUCCCCACUUAACUCUACUUCUACAAGGGUACAAAUACACAGUUGUUUUUUUUUUUGAGUAAGUCGUGUAAUUUUGAAAAUAAGUAUAUGGGGGUAAAUAACAUCUCUGUGAUCUCUCCAGAUACGUUAUUGGUCUGCUGAGUAAUUUUUCAACACAGUGUGCAUUUAAAGAGAAAUGAAUCAGCUCAAGCCUGUUUACUAUAAAGUGAUUUAUACCUCUACUGUAGAUUUUGUAACAGGUCUAUGUAGAAUCAGUAUGGCAAAUGGUUACUUAAACUUUCUAUGCUAGACUUUCUUUUCACGGGUUAAUGUUUUGAACAUAACUCCAGGACUGUGUAAGAUUGUGUUGCUUAUCAAAACACUUUGAAGUGUAGGCAUGCAAAAUGAGGAUGAGUACUCAUUGAGAAUGCAUUUAUGAACUGUUGCCUUUCUCUUGUAAAUAAAUAAUGUAAAAAUUUA